CGGUCUCCAGGGAAACCCGACGCUCUGGGCUGCGGGGCGUAGCGCGGGGCUGCUCUGAGCUGGCGGUUCUGGGCGUACCGGAACGCUGGGUGCCAGCUCUCCGAGCCUCGGUACGGCCCCGCGGCAGGGGUGCGGUCGGGAUCCCGGCGGGAGCGCGGGGAGCUCCGUGUCCCGGAGCUCGUGGGGGGGGCGGCGGCGGAGGCCCGUGCCUGGCACCCGACGUCCCCUGGGACUGGCCCUCUGACUCCCGGCCCGGGGCCGGCAGGCUAUUUGGGACCCGGCAGGCUUGAGAGGCUGUUCGAAGACGAGAGGCAUGGAGAAUAGUUAUUCCUCAGCCUUCUAUUUCGAAAUCCCAGAUGUUAACAUCUAUGAAAAUCAGCUGGUGGGGAGGGGCAUCAUGCCUGCUGCCACCAAGGACCAGGGAACCCUGGAGAGGUCCAGGACAAUGGAGAUGCUCUUUACCAAAAGAGACAUCCCAGAGGCCCCGGAGGAGGAGGAGGAGGAGGAGUCUGAGGGUCCCUCCGGGAAGCAGGACCUGAAGAAGACCUACAUCCAGCUGGUCCAAGGCGUGCAGGAGUGGCAGGACGGCUGUGUGUACAGAGGGGACUUCGGGCUGGACAUGAAGCUGGGGCAUGGUGAAUUCUCUUGGCCCACGGGUGAGACUUACCGCGGGCAGUGUUAUCGUGACCACCGCCAUGGGCUGGGCACCUACCUGUGGCCCGACGGCUCCAGUUUCACCGGCAUGUUUUACCUGAGCUACCGAGAAGGCUAUGGCACCAUGUUCCAGAAGACCAGGCUCUUCCAGGGGCUGUACAAAGCAGACCAGCGGUUCGGGCCGGGCAUUGAGACCUAUCCCGACGGCAGCCAGGACGUCGGGCUAUGGUUUCAGGGGCAGCUCAUCAAGCUCUGCACGGAGGUCCCCGGCAGCUUCUCCAUACACAACUACCCCGAGUACUCGGGCUUCCUCACGCACGCUCCUGCUAGAAUCAGCCUUUCAGGCAAGGAGAAGACGGAGUGGGGCCCGCUUGAGGAGCACGACCCCUUUUUCUAUGACUAUAAGCGAUUUCUUCUGAAUGACAACCUAACCCUGCCUCCAGAAAUGUACAUCUACUCGACUGACAAUAGUCACCUGCCUAUGACCACCUCUUUCCGCAAAGAAUUAGAUGCCCAGAUCUUCCUUAACGAUAUCCCUCCGUUUGUUGAGGAUGGAGAGCCCUGGUUUAUAAAAAAUGAGACCCCCUUGAUGGUCAAAAUCCAGAAGCAAGCUUACAAGUACAGGAACAAGAAGGCUCAUACCAGCUGGAACAUGGGUGCCAUCUUGGAGGGGGACCGGAGAAGCUUUGCGCGUUGUGGGCCCAGGGAGAGGCUUGCCGAGGGCAUGAUCCUUAGGGCCAGGGAAGGGAACUAUGACUGGAUCUACGGGAUCCUCAGGGAUGGCCUUGCCAGCGCUGACGUGGCCGAUGCCAAGGGCUACACCGUCCUCGCCGCAGCCGCUGUUCACUGUCACAACAACAUCGUCAGCCUUCUGCUGGACAACGGGGCCGACGUGAACAAGUACACAGACGAGGGCCUCACGGCACUCAGCAUGUGCUUCCUUCUCUACUACCCAUCCCAGUGCUUCAAGCCCAACAUUGCUGAGAGGACAGAGCCCAAGCCCCAGGUCAGCUCCUCGGCCUGGCCCCAGGAAGCUUCAAAUAUGCCAGGAACUCCCAACCAUGUCUUCCCAUUCCCCGAAGUGGCCAAGGAAUCCAUAUAUUUAGAGGAAUUGGUGCCCAGCCUGGGCAGCCAGGAGCAGAAGUCCACUGUGUCGGGCAGUGAGGAGGACCGCCUGUCUGCGGGCACCCAGCUCUCUCAGGAAUCCCCUGAGCUGGGGAGCAACCCUCAGAAGUGGGACCCUCUGUCACCGCGGGACAGCAUCAGCGACCUGGAGAAGGAGGUGGACGGUGUGGUCAGGAGUCUGGACGGGCACACGCAGGGCAGCCAGGAGACGAACUUCGAGUCCAGCAUCUGUGUGCGCAACUACUCCAUCAUGCUGUCCCAGGACCUCCUGCAGAAGAGUGCCCGGGCCCACAGCAUGCUGAAGACCUCCUCCUUCAGUGCCCCUGGCUCCACAAAUGGUACCAUGAGGAAGAUGGCACAGGUCAUGACCGAACACAGGAACAGAUGGCAGACCAUCAAGCUUCUGCUGCACCGGGGCGCGGACCCCAACCUGUGCUGCGUGCCCAUGCAGGCCCUGUUCUUUGCCGUCAAGGCGGGGGAUGUGGCCGGGGUGAAGCUGCUGCUGGAGAACAGGGCCAGGACAGACAUCCAGCUCCCUGUUGAGCUGAGGGCCCUCACCCCCCUGCACAUCGCAGUUGCCCUUCCUGGGGAGGAGGGUGUCAAGAUAACGGAGCUGCUGCUCCACGCUGUCACAGAUGUGGAUGCCAUGGCUGCCGACCAGGACGACACGUACAAGCCUGGCAAGCUAGAUCUGUUGCCUUCAAGCCUGAAGCUCAGCAACGAACCAGGCCCGGCCAGCAUCUACCACAGCAAGCCCGUGGCCCCGCCAGUCGAGGCGGGCAGGACGGCUCUGCACGUGGCCUGUGAGCGUGAAGACAACGACAAGUGUGCCAGAGACAUAGUCCGGCUACUCCUCUCCCACAAGGCAAACCCCAACGUGCUGUGGAGUGGCCACUCCCCGCUCUCCCUGUCCAUUGCCAGCGGAAAUGACCUGAUUGUGAAGGAGCUUCUGUCCCAUGGAGCUGACCCCAACCUGCUGCUGACCAAAGGCUUAGGCAGUGCCCUGUGUGUUGCCUGUGACCUCACCUACGAGCACCAGAGGAGCAUGGAUAGCAAGCUGGCCCUGAUUGAUCGGCUCAUUCAUCAUGGGGCUGAUAUCCUGAACCCCGUGACGCUCACACAGGGGGACAGGGUGGCUGUGGGCACGGCUGUUGACUACGGGUAUUUCAAAUUCUACCAGGACCGGAAGAUCGCCCACUGCCCCUUCCACAUGCUGAUGCCCGCCGAAAGGGAGCUGUUCCUGGCCCGCAAGAGGCUCCUGGAAUAUAUGGGCUUCCAGCUGCGCCGCGCUGUAUUUGCCAAGGAGAGUCAGUGGGAUCCGAAGCUGCUGACCCUGAGCAAGAAAGUGGAGCUGACCCCCUACCAGAAGCUGAAGCGGAAAAGCACCAGCCCAUCCAAGUCACUGCGUGCUGAGGAGCAGGAGCUGAUUCCUUUCUUCAAGUUCUGCUCCCAGUGCGGCCGCUCCGUGGGCGUGCGCCUGGUUCCUUGCACCCGCUGCUACGGGAUCCUGACCUGCAGCAAGUCCUGCAAGACCAGGGCCUGGGGUGACUUCCACAAGCGGGACUGCGGCUCCCUGUCCGUCAUCGGGAAAACAGAAUUAGCUGUGUUCGCAAAGAACUUUCAGAAGUCCUCAAAACACCUGGGCAAGAAGGCAAGCCAGAAGCCUGAGCCCCCAAAGCCACCAGGCCGGCCGAAAAACUACUCCACAUACAACCAGGAAUGAGUGUCUGAUGAUCCAUGUGUUCCGUGAACUCUGGAGGCUGUGUCCCAGCCCGCCCAGGGAGGGAGGCUGUCCCCCCACCCCCACCCACUGGGAGGAGUUGGACCACCCUGCCAUCCCCUGGCUCUAGGGUGGGCAGGCUGGUGAGCCCCUGGUCGCUGCUGGGCCACAAGGAGCCGCAAGCCCUGGAAAAGCCUCAGUUUUCCCUCCCAGGGCACGCCACCCCCAACCCCUGCACAGGCGAGCGGGGUCCUGGCCAUAGACUCCUCGGCACAUAGGCCCAGGGAGGAGAGGCUGUGCAGGGCGUUUCCAGGCAGACUAGCAUGGCCGCAGUUCCCAAAUAAAGUGACCUUGCGGCAGCUCUUGCUUCUGGGCAGAGGGGCACCCUAGGGGGUAGGGUGGGGCUGGCAGCUUUGCCCUGGGUGCGGGCCCUGGGGACAGACUGGACCAUCAGGAUGUCCAGACAGGCCUGGCAUCAGAACCAAGCGGUCCCCACGCUCUGGCCUCCUGGGUGUCUCGGAGGCUACUUGGAGGAACUGGAAGCUUCCCAGGGCCGGUGAAAGGAUGGGAGUCCAGAGCAGAGAAGUAGACAGCAGGUGGGCUCUGGCCUCCUCCUUCUCCCAGACACCGUGUGGGCCCAGGGUGGGACGGGGAGACCCAGACCAGGGGUGCUGUCUGGGCGCAAGAACCCCUUCCACAUGUCCUUAGUCAUGUCCUGCUGUGUGAGGCCCGGGGGCACGCACCCGCCCAAGCUGUGCAGGAGGGGUCCGCAGCAGCCACACAAGCUCUCCAACCUUUUAUUCGUACAAGGACUCAAGAGCAUAGGACGCCAGUUGACACCGUGCAGCAGGACACAGCAGGCCUGGCUACCGCCUGGCUGGGGACUGUGCUGGGCCGCCCCAGCAGGGCGACAUACAGUGUAGGCCCCCGACGGGACGGCCAUGUGCAGCCACAUGCUGCCAUCCAGGCACGCAGGCAGCUACCACCCCAGAGACCCUGAGAGUCCAGCUGGCCCUCACCUACAGGGAAGGAGACCCCAGGCCCUGCCCCCUAGCCUGGCAUGAGCAGGGUUACUGUGGGGUGGAAGUUCCUGUGGGAGUGUGCUGCCCGGUGGGGCACAGGCUGGGGGCCCUGGCCAGCGUGGGAGGUGAGGCAAAGCAGCGCUAAGUGGCCUUGUCGGGCCCUGGUGCUGGUUAGGACUGCUGUCCCUGGCCACAGUGGCUCAGCAUCCCACAGACCCUCGAGGGUCCUCUUGCCUGAGCCCUUAUCUGGCGGGGUCCAGCCCCCUCCCCAGGGCCCAGGGCAGCUAGGGCCAGGAAGGGAGGGGGGUCGGUCCUGAGCCUGGGGAGGGCCUGGACAGCCCGAGUGAGCAGGGGUGGCCCCCAGGUCCAGGAACCCCCAGCCCUUCCAAGCUCCGGGAGGAGGAGCUGAAAAGCAGCUCUGAGUGAACAGAUGGAAAGCGUCUGUGAAUGUCUGUACGUUUGGAAAAGCCCUUAACUAUCAAAGCCCCCCAGGGCCCUACAGCUGGCGGAUCAGGAGGGACCCAGGUGGCCCACUGGCUCGCAGGGUCAGAUCCCCUGGCCGAGCUGAAGUUUCACCGGCCACCCAGAUCCUCUGGCCAGGUGUAGCCUCCAGCACUGCCUGCAUCACCCCAAGCAUGGGGCCCUGGGUUGGUGGUGAUGAGGCAGGAGCAAGGGCAGGCAGGCCCUCUGCACAGUCAUGGGGCCCUGUGUUCAAGGGGGUGCCCAUGUCUGCGGAGGGCCUAGCCUGCUCUCCUGGGGAGGCCAGGAUCAGCACCCCCAGCCCUGCACGCAGGUCUCCCAAUGCCCAGAGUGGGUGAGGCUGUGCCCAUGGUGGCCCCUGUGCACCCCAGGCCUUUGCAGCUAGUCCUUGGAGAGAAUGAGGUCCGCAUGGACAGUCAGCAAGGGUUCCAGCCCAGGUAGAACUCUCCUGGAGGCUGAGGGGCUCGGCAGAUGUGUAUGUGUGUAUGUGAGAUCACGGGGGCCUGGCCGAGUCGGAAGGUUCAUGCAUAAUCUCAGAGGUCCGCUUGCCCCUAAAUGGCAGACACCCUGCUGCCCUCCCGGGGAUCCUGAGGCGCCCAGGGCUGGACCUCGGUUUCUGACACCUGGAGCCCAAAGUUCUCCGUGGGAAGAGGCAGGAGAGGAAGGCACAGGCUCGCUCUCUCCAGCGGGAUGCUGCUCAGGGAGCUGGGGGGAGAGGCGCAGGUGGGCAGGCGGGAGGUGGCCACCGGCAUCCCCCAGGUCCCUGAAAUACAUGGCUUUUGGGGACAUUGUUCCUGGCUGACCUGAGGGCCUCCUACAAAACUAAAAGCCAGGGUGGCCGGUGGAGCCAGGAGGGAGGGCCAGCGCCCUUGCCCCCCACCCUCCCUCCAGUGCAGUCACAGAGCCGGGGUCCCUCACUGUCCCUCCCUGUCCUGCCCUGGGGCCUCUAGGCCGUGGAGAAUUAAAUAUCAUCUGUUCUGC